AAAGUACCAAAAUGGGACUCCAAAAAACCGUUUGACCUCCGUUGUGAUUGUAAACUGUGAAGUCUAUGAAGAACUAAGGGUUGUGUUGUUAUCUGAGGAAGUCCGAGGCCCUCGAUUAUCAAGGUUAUGUCAAUGCUGAGAGGAUUGCUCUAAACUUUGUUGCAUUAUGGCUCCAGCAUAUAAACAAUAUCACAGACAAGGUCCUGUUGGCCAACCUCCCCCAAGAGUCAGUCGGCGCCGUCGUUUUCCGAGUAAUUUCACUCACAUAUCUGGUUGGGUCAAGUACUCCAUGUUCUUUUGCAACUUCAUAGUUUGGCUUUUUGGAGCUUUACUUGUUGGAGUUGGUGUAUAUGCGGCUCUGGAUAAGUGGCACUCUGGUGAGGGGUUCAAGCUGGAAAAUGUUUUUGAUGUCUUAUUCAAUCUUGCAUUUUUGAUCAUCAUAUUGGGUGGAGUUGUGUUCAUAGUCAGUUUUGCGGGAUGCAUUGGGGCACUUCGAGAAAACAUGUGCCUUCUACGAUUUUACUCUUUCUUCUUACUACUGUUUUUUUUCCUGGAAUUGGGAGUUGCAGCAUUAGGUUUCAUAUUUCCACAUAAAGUACUCUAUUUUAUGGAGGGUUCGAUGUCCGAUGAGCUGAUAAAGAACUAUCGAGACGAUUUAGAUUUUCAAAAUCUCAUCGACUUAGUUCAAUCGGAAUUCGAGUGUUGUGGCAUUUCCUCAGAGGGAUUCAGAGAUUGGUCAAAAAAUGAAUAUUUUAAUUGCACAAAGGAUCCUAAUGACAAUCCCUCAGUUGAAAGAUGUGGAGUUCCAUACAGCUGUUGUCUCUCUGGAACAAAUUCAGUCAAUGAUGGCUUAGUUAACAUUAUGUGUGGAUUUGGUGUCCAAGAAAUGCUUAAAACCGAUGUGAUUUCAAAGAUAUAUACUCAGGGAUGCUUGCAACGAAUUCAGGCAAUGGCAGAGCAAAACUUGCAUUUGGUGGCCGGAGUGGCUGUGGGGAUCGCACUAGUUCAGCUUUUUGUGAUAUAUUUGGCUCGCACCCUGGAAGGACAAAUUGAAAACCAAAGAGCGCUUUGGCGGUAGAUCCUUUUAUAUUUGAUCUAUUUUUUUACUCUGAAUAAAUUCAUCUUUACUAUUGUCA